CACACGCCUUCCCGCCGGCGCGCGCCGGGGCAGAGCAGGCGACCGGGCGGCCGAGCCACCCCCGGAGCCGCGCGCGGGGCGGGCAGGGCCUGCGGCUCGGCAUGGAGCCCGAGAUGCAGGCGGCGGAGGAGGGGCCCAGCGCGCCCCGCAUCUACAAGCAGCGCGGCCCCUACAGCGUCCUCAAGACGUUCCCCAGCAGCCGGCGGCCGGCGCUGGCCAAGCGCUACGACAGACCCACGCUGCUGGAGCUGCCGCCCGCGCGGCCGUCCCCGCUGCCGCCGCCGCCGCCGCCGCCGCCCUUCGCGCCGCUCGCCGCCGUGCCCAUCAGCAGCAGCGAGCCGCCGCCGCCGCCGUUCCCGACGCAGCCGUCCUACCCGGCCGGGUCAGGCCGGGCCCCCGCCGCCGCCGCCGCCUCGUCGUCGUCGCCGUCCUGCACGCCCGCCGCGCCCCCGAGCCACCCGAGGACUCCGGCGCCGCCGCCGCCGCUGCCGCCGCCGCCGCCGCCGCCCACGGCCCCCGCCGCCUCGUCGUCGUCGUCCUUCGCCGCCGUCGUCAGGUACGGCCCGGGCCCGGUGAGCGGCGCGGGCGGCCGCGGCGCGGGUAGCGACGGCGCCAGCCUGGAGCUCAGUGCAGAAAGCCGUAUGAUCUUGGAUGCCUUUGCCCAGCAGUGCAGCCGUGUUCUUAGUCUCUUAAAUUGUGGAGGAAAACUUCUGGACUCCAACCAUUCUCAGUCCAUGAUUUCUUGCGUCAAGCAGGAAGGCUCUAGUUAUAAUGAAAGACAGGACCAGUGUCACAUCGCAAAAGGGAUCCAGAGUCAGACCUCUGACAGCAUAGACAUAGAGAUGCAAUAUAUGCAAAGAAAACAACAAACUUCUGCCUUUUUGAGAGUGUUCACUGACUCUCUCCAGAAUUACCUGCUCUCGGGGAGCUUCCCAACUCCCAACACCUCAUCAGUCAGUGAGUAUGGGCACCUGGCUGAUGUGGACCCUCUCUCAACCUCCCCGGUGCAUACAUUAGGUGGCUGGACCUCCCCAGCAACGUCUGAGUCCCAUGGUCACCCUUCCUCCUCCACGCUGCCAGAGGAGGAAGAAGAAGAGGAAGAGGAAGGCUACUGUCCUCGAUGCCAGGAGCUGGAGCAGGAAGUUAUCUCGUUACAACAAGAAAAUGAAGAGCUCCGACGGAAAUUAGAGAGCAUCCCAGUGCCCUGCCAGACCGUCCUAGAUUACCUAAAGACAGUGCUCCUGCACCACAACCAGCUCCUGCCGCAGCCCGCCGACCAGCCCACCGAGGGAAGCAAGCAGCUGUUGAACAACUAUCCUGUCUACAUAACGAGCAAACAGUGGGACGAGGCUGUAAAUUCUUCCAAGAAAGAUGGGAGACGGCUCCUCCGAUACCUCAUCAGAUUUGUUUUCACAACCGAUGAGCUUAAGUACUCAUGCGGCCUUGGGAAAAGGAAAAGGUCAGUGCAGUCAGGAGAGACAGGUCCUGAAAGACGCCCUCUGGAUCCAGUUAAAGUCACGUGCCUCCGAGAGUUCAUUAGGAUGCACUGUACCUCCAACCCCGAUUGGUGGAUGCCCUCGGAGGAGCAAAUAAACAAAGUGUUCAGCGACGCCGUGGGUCACGCCCGGCAGGGGCGGGCAGUGGGGACUUUCCUGCACAACGGCGGCUCGUUUUAUGAAGGAAUGGAUCACCAGGCUUCCCAAGAUGAGGUCUUCAACAAGAGUUCCCAGGAUGGAUCGGGGGACUAGCGGACAGUCUUCCCACCCACGCAGCGGCGUUCUGUUUUGUUCUGUUUCAGAGUUCCAGUUGUGAAUGUGCUCUUCCUUGUUACCUUAGCGUCCAAAGCAUGUUACUCUGUCAUACUUCACAAUUCUCGAGCUUAAGACUGUGACCCACUGCCACGGUUCCCAAAUAGAAAUCCAGCUGAGGGGUCUUUGGGAAGUCUCUGGCACCGGCAGUAGAUUUGGGGUGUAUUAUAUCACAGAGGCAAAGGUUCAGUUGACAUAAAGUCUUUACUAGCUAGACAUUGAGGAUGUCUUCUGUCCCGAGUCUUCAGGUCAGCCUGGCCUCCUGAGCAGAGCUGGUCUCCUGGGAAGGUUCAGUUAGUGUUCCUGCGCAUGGGGGAAGGGAAGACAGAGUUGUUUUAAGGGACAAGCAGCAAGCAUUUUCUUACUUAGUUCAAGUAAGUCUUGUUUCAAUUUUCCAAAGACACAGGAUUGGUGACACUGUAAGCUUCCAUAUAUUACAACUUACUGAUUAGAAGCCAGAGAACAGAGGCCAUGUCUAUGGAUGGUUAAGUGGAGGUCAGCUAUUUUUCUGUUAUAGACAAAACUCACUGUGUUGAUCAGAAAGGCAGCCUGGUUUCUGUGGUUUACAAGCAGAUUUUCUUUAUAUCUUUAGGAAACGGGAUCUAAACCAUUUUCACAUGCCUCCUUUCAUAAGUUCCUUGAUGCACAGCAUCCAUAGCCUUAAGUCAUACUUGGUCAACAAAAUGCCAGGGUAGCAUAGGGUUCAGUGAGAAUGCGCACUAGCUAGCUGUUUGGUAAGAUCUUCAAGCACAGGGCAUGACUGAUGGCAUCUGCUGCUGGUCAGGGGUCUGGCAUUGUGGACAUGCAGCUUCAAGGCCGUUCUGACAACUGCAAUGGCUUGUUGGGGAUUUCUCUGAAACUUGAGGACCUGUCUGGACUGAGUGGAGCUUUAGAAUAGGUGAAACUUCUGUUUCCAUUGUCAUGGAUGAAAACGCCUCAUCCAGCUGUGCCUCUCCUCUCCCCACAAGUCCUCUGCAGCCUAAGCUCUGAGUUACUGUUCUGCUUCCCUGGUUAAUCUGUGGAAAUGUACGUGAGGUUAGUGGUACCCUGGGAACCACUUCCCAGCAGAGGCUACAGAGGUGCUAUAAUCCUUUCUGAUAAGGAUGAGACUCACUCUACCAAACAAGUCAAGAUUAAUGUUCUUUGUGGACCCAAGAGCUAAAUGGGCAGCAUUCACUGAAGAUUGUGAAUGUCAACUACAAACACAGUGAACAACUUUGAAAAUGGGAUAGAAAUUCAGUCUGUAUCCAUUUAGAAAAGGACUUUUGGUGAGGCUGUUUUUGCCAAAAUAAAUCACAUAUCUUUUAUAUUCAAUAUUUAGCAUCAGACUUUGAACAAAUCAGCUGAGCAGUUUAGAAGUAAAAGAAACUGAGUAAGUGAGCUGUCAUUUACAGUGGAUGAGAGCAGUGUCUUUGGCAGUCCAAGAGAAGUGGGUAUUUCUUAAUGUGUGAUCAGAGGUCUGGGAAGUCUGUCCUAGGAAACUCCCAAUGCCAUAAAGCCUUGGGGGAGCCCGCCAUCGCCUCAUCUGCCUUCCCAUCUCCCCUUUGCACUGGGCUUCAGUUCCUCUUCCUCCUGGGUACAUGGUCCUUGCUACAGCAGCCAUGGUUAGCAGGUGCUUUUAAGGAAUGCAGACUUGCAGGCUGUAGCUUUCCCCUGUGAGUUUGAGGUGUCUGCACACACCUUCUGUGCACCCUCUUGGAGCCCGCUGUGGUGCAGGUUGUCACUAGGGGUGACAGGAGCAUUUGGGGCACCUCUGAGCCUUUGUCUGACUGCAGCUGUGGGGCCGGGACUGGAACCUCCAGACAGGCUGUUGUUUCUGCCGCCUGAAAGGGCGCCCUUGCUGCUAGGCCGGCCACCGCCCUUCUCCUGAGCUGCUCCCUUCUCCCAGUGAACGCUCUGUCAGCAGUUGCCCACAAGUAACCAGUUCUGAAACAGUGGCGUGAUGCUGGCCAUUGUACGCAUGAGGACGCUAAGAACCGCAGCGCUGACCUCCUCGGCAUCUGCAGCCAGUUUCCAUGUGUAUCCUGGGCCCAGGACCUGCGGUCUUCAGCCCCAGUCAGGUGUCCGUUUUUCCUGCCUCUCUAUGCAACUGCUGUUUUCUUUAGCUUAGUCCACUACCUGAUACCAACAGGUGAUCCCUUAGACCUGUCUCAAUACUCUGCUGGCUUCUUCCAUUUAAGGCUGGGGUGCUACUCAGGUCAUGAUGGUUUCCUGGGUGGUCACCUGAGUGUUAAAUCAGCCUGCAAAAGGUGCCAUCUCUGGCAGGAAUUCAGAACUCACCAUGGAUCAGACUGCUCUCAUUUCUCCACAAGCCUUUGAUUUAGUGUUUGGAGGUCUGAGGAUGUUGUCUUGUCAACUUGGUUUGAUUUUCCACGUCAUUCUGGCAGUCAGACACAUUGCUCUCCCAACACAAAACUUAGCCCUCUGUCAACUCUUAGAAUUACCCUGAGUCAUUUAGUGUUGGUUUGAAGGAGACUUGAGUUAAAAACAGCUCGGGAUGCAGCUGUGCCGUUUCAUCGGUGAGAAAAAUGUGGUUGCCAGGCUGGCGUGACUAAAUGUGACGUUUUCUGUCAGUGAUUAGGUAGGUCCAGUGUCCCGGCUAUCAGAAGUUCCAUAGUUAAUAGUGACAUCGUCAUGGUGUAUUCUUCAUUUUCCAAAUUAAAAUGCCUGCCUCUCGGUGAUUGAUGCCCCGGGCACAGAUCUUGCCAAGAGGAGGCUGACCCUGGGAUGACCUGUCAGGGACUGGGACCAGGAACCUGUAGAAGGGAACAGUGUUCAACAAGGAUUUGAUAAGGUCACAUGUCUCACCAGCCUCUUUGUGGGUGUACUGUUCAGCCUCUCAUGGUAUCAAAAAAAAAAAAACUGAAGCGUUUCAAUUUGUAGCUUUUUUUUUUUUUCCUUGCUUGAAAGUGUGUGUGCCAGGCCUUAGCCCUAUUCCUCGUCCAUCACAGCAUUUGGGGGACUUUGACCAUGUGUUUCAUAAGACUUCCCUAAGAAGGUAGCCGAGAGCAUAGGAGCACAAGAGUGCUGUCAGCUCUUGGUCAGGUGUUGAGGGAUGCAUGUCACAGUGGGUGGUCCAUGUGUCAUCCCUGACCCUAUCAGGAUGGUAAGGAGACAUGUAAUUACGAUUGUAUUUGACACAACUACUCUACAUGGCAUUAGGUUAUGGUCACGGAUAGCAAUAGGACUUUAUUAUUACUCAGUCCAGUAGUGAUUCUUGAAAUAUUAGAUGUUUACACAAAGUCUAAACAAUAACUCAGACUUAGGAAUCUGCAGGUUUGUGGUUUCUACAUAUCUCUGCCAUUUAAUGACUUGUGCCUCUUUUCUCACCUCUGAGAAAGUGGAUGGAGCUCGUGGGAAGAUGUGAACCAUGUCCAGAACACAAGCGUUCACUCAUUUGAGUUCUGUUUCUUUUUUUUUUUUUUAUUUUUCUUUCUUUUGGUGAAGGGGGUUAAACAUUCAGUCUGUGCUCGUCUAACCCUGACACCCACUGACUACCUCCUUAGUUUCUGUAUAGACAGUAGUUCCCUUUUUUGGUUUGAAGGUCCUUUUUUGGUGACUUUUUAGAAAAGGUUUUAAAUGUAUAGUUUCCUCUGACAGUGCUGUACCAUCUCACAGUACAGGUCUGUGUUCAUUUGUGACAGCUUUCACAUGUGAAUCUGGAGAAAUGUCAUAGAAAAUGGUUUUGCACAUACGGAGUGAGUCUUGCUGGUGUGUGUUUAUUGUGGCGACGCUUGCCAAAGCUGCUUGGCAAACACGUCAGGAGGGAUGCUUGAGUCACAACUCCAGUGCAAAUGUGUCGAAACAGCAGUGUGUGUCAUUAUGAUGUAUUUUUGUAAACACAGUGGUGACUUCUGUCAGUCGUAUAAGUACUGGAUAAAAAUAACACUUGAAACACUGGAGGGAAAUGUCACUUAGCUGAUCACAAAGCUACUUUGCAUUAUCCGCCAGGGGGCGUGUGCGUGUGUGUGUGUGUGUGUGUGUGUGUGUGUGUGUGUGUGUGUGUGUGUGUGUGUGUUUUACAGGAGAGGGAAGAAUUGACAUCGGCAAUGUGGAGGACAAAAAUAAUACUCAUCACCGCUUUUUUAAAAGUGAAGUUUAAAACUUUAGCUGAUGCAUUUACACAUUAGAGGUCUCUUGCACACUCUCCAUAGUAUAUUGAAUUUUGGGAAAUAGUGAGAACUGGAAUUCUCAUAUUUAGUGACUGGCUUUGUCACCCUUGACUAUUGAAGGCAGUAAAUUACCAAAAACUUUGCUUCUGAGCUUCCAUGGCUGCUGUAAGGGCUGUGCUUUUAUUGAAUCACAGUUUCCCAAAUGGCAACGAAAGGAUAUCUGCUAGCGAGACCCAUUCUCAAACCUGGGUCACUCUGAAUAGUAGCACCAGUACAGGUGGCCCGAUGUGCCUCCCUCCACAUGUUGCAGAACGGUUGGGUCCCAUUGGAAAGCACUCCCAUGGCAAUAGUUAACUACAGCAACCUAAGUGUAACUCUUGAUUUCCUGUGUGCUAGUAGCUUCGAUAAGCACUUUAAUGCAUCCUUCCUUAUAACCUGCACAGCUGCCCAGGGUGCUCACUGGAGGUCACUUUGAGCUCAGUAAGCAGAAUGGCCCUUUCUGUUUGCCCUAAUCAAGCAUCGCUCUCAAUGUGUGCCAACACUUUGGAGUGAACUUUUUUUUCCUGAUGCUAUCGAGGAAAAGCUGGUAUUUAUAUCACUAAAUCUACAUUGGAAGCAUGCAGGUGCUUAAAUAACAAGUAUGUGGAGCCCAGGCCUCCAGGAGUUCUUACAGGGCUGGCAUGAGACGUGGCCGGGGUGACAUCCUGUGAGGGAGACCGGAAACUUAAAGGAAAUGGACACAUCAGAAGUCUGGCUCCUUUCCACUGGUGUUCUAGGUGCCCCAUACACACUAGAGCAUCUUGGGGAGCGCCUGGUGAUGGCCCUGGGUAUCGGCCAGCGUUCCCAUCUCUGUGUGUGACUGGUUUCGCAGCCUCCUGGGGACACUCGGUGAUUCCGUGGGACGGGCGGCUUUAACUGACGAUGCCACUGUGAGAACUGUAGAGACUGUGUCAAGAAUAUAGUGACCUGUUGAGUCUGCCCCCGUAGUUUUAGCUUUAACAUCCUCUGAGAGCAUGCCAAAGCCACGAGGGGCCCGGCUUCUGCCUCUUGGGAGCAAGGCCUGCUGGAGGUGGGCAGGGACUCGGUCACUGUUCGGCCUGACCCUGCCCAGGCCAAGCCUCACCUCCAUGUGGCUCCUCUGCAGAAUGGCAUGUAGCAGCUAACCCUGGGGCCAGUUGCCUUUACUCUAUUUUCUAUGAUGAAUACUUGUGGAGAAACUGUGAUAAAUCCAUUGAUCCUAAUAUUUUUAUUGUUGGAGUCCUGUGGCUUCUCUGAAUACUUUCUAUUGGAUUGUACUGUGUAGAAUUCACACACACUAGGGAUAUGUGAAUAAAGCUAAAAAUGCAUAGUAUAAUAUAGGAUAGCAAAAAUCUUUUGUGAACAAUUUAUAUAGAAGAGUAAGUUGUUUUUUAAGUGUUAGGCCAUUUCUUUUAGGAACCUAAAAUGUUAUAAGAGUUUUUUAAGCAUUCAAUAUUUUUAAUUAUAAGAGACAUUUGUUACUAGAGCUAAUUAUUUCAGGUGUUCUAAUUGGAAUAUUGAUUUUCUUACCUCAUAUACCUCUAGAAUGCCACAUGUUCUGUUGGGGAUAAAAUUGCACAAUAAAUGUCAGGUUAUCUGUUA